GGACGCUCCCAUCUUAUUGAUAUUUGAUUUCUACCGGAUUAAACCAACGGGUUGGAAUGAAUCAACCGAUGGAUCCUUUCCAGUUUCAUUUCAGAUUUUUCAAAAAUAAUCCCUCCCAUGAGCUAUGGAUCUAUUACAAAUUGAUGAAUCAUCCCAUGGAUUUUCAUUCUAUAAUCUUAUGGUGUCUACACGCUAUGCACACAAAAUGGAUAGUUAUCCUUACCCCAUUUUUAUCAUGGAAUGCUUAUUCCAUUUUUUUAUUAUCAUAAUGAAAUCCAAUUUUGGUUAGGUUAUGAUAGGAUAGGUUAUUGUUUAUUAUAUUAGUAUUAGAAUCUGUAGAAAAAAUUCCUUGAUUCUUGCAUUUCAAUGAAAUAGCUAAUAGUCUCAUUGGUAUACUACUAAAUUGGAAUCGAAAAUCCAACCGUAUUCAAAUAGUUCCUUAUUGAUCCCUUCCCAAAAGUACUGAGUAAAAGAUCCACAUUUUUUGAUUUUAUAAUUAGUUUAAUUAGUUAUUAGUCUUUUUUUUUUAUGUCAUUUCGUAUCGUACAAUUCCUUUGUUGUGGGAUCAUUUACCCGCGAGGGGUAAUGAGAAGAAUUAUAAAAUGGAUUGCAAACUAUGCCUAGAUCUCGGAUAAAUGGAAAUUUUAUUGAUAAAACCUCUUCAAUUGUAGCCAAUAUCUUAUUACGAAUAAUUCCGACAACUUCGGGAGAAAAAGAGGCAUUUACCUAUUACAGAGAUGGUGCGAUUUGAUUCCUUUUUUCUUACUUACCACUCUAUUUCAUUUAUUCUUAUUCUUACAAAAAGAGACACGAUUCGGUAUGGAAAGAAAAAGAUUGGUAAAAACCUACGCUUGGUGAAGGUGAAGUUUGGAGAUAGAGCAAUCCCUUCUGUCGUGUAUCCUCGAUUGAUGCAACCUCAGAUGCUUCAAUUGUCGAUUCUAGUAUUGAGCGAAAGGUUACACCUAUAGGUUCUGUAUUGCAUGUCAAUUCUACUGUAAUAGUGCCAAUAGGUGGCAUAGGGGAAGAAGCACUACACCUAGGAAUCAACAAAACGAAAACUUUGUUAUAUAAUUCCCCCUUCUUCUUAUCGGGAUCGGGACUACCAAGAAUGGUUAGGACAACAAACAUCCAUCUCGUUCGUACUUUGGAUACCCGUAUAACCAUCAAAGAUCGUUGAAGUGACUAAUUCCUGGAAAUAGGGGGCGUUAAGAACAAAGAAAUUGCUGGAGUUACCAUUUUUCUCUAAGAAAGACCAACAUGUUUGGUAUUAAGUAAGAAAAGACCUCUUGCAGGAAGGCUGGCUAGAGAUUUCUUGUAAAAACACUAGCCCCUGUCAGUUCAUAAGGAAAAUAUUUAAAUCUUUUUGGUUUUGGUUUGAUUCCAUGGAUUAUUUCCCUUAAUAUUAUAUUAUGCGCAGAAGGGAGGAGCCGUAUGAGAUGGAAAUCUCACGUACGGUUCUGGAACGGAGAUUCUUGGAAUGAACGACCGUAACGGAUGUCAGCUCAAUCUGAAGGAAAUUAUGCGGAAGCUUUACAGAAUUAUUAUGAAGCUAUGCGACCAGAAAUUGAUCCCUACGAUCGAAGUUAUAUACUCUAUAAUAUAGGCCUUAUACACACAAGUAACGGAGAACAUACGAAGGCUUUGGAAUAUUAUUUCCGAGCACUAGAACGAAAUCCAUUCUUACCACAAGCUUCUAAUAAUAUGGCCGUGAUCUGCCAUUACGUGCGACUAUCUCUACUAUAGAAAUAGAAAGAAGGAAAGAAAGAUCAAAUCCGCUAGUAUUAAAACCUCCUAUUGCUAGUACUAGGAAAUCUAAGGAGAAACAAAAAAAAUAGGCUUUCUACAUAUCCAUUGUCCAAAGGGGAACGAUUUUUAGAAGCUGUAGCAAAAAAACAGACUUCAUAGAAGCCGAUAUAUGAAGAACUAAGUAUAGCCCUUAUACUAGAUUCUAUGGAUAAAGGAUCUAAUUGAUAAAAGAAGCACCGUAAAGAUCAAUUAUUGAGGUUUUUGGCCGAUACAAUAAGACCUGCUUACUUAUGUAUGUCAUAAUAUGACAUAAAAGUUAGGAAUCAACUUAUGUAAUAGGGUUGAUCCACUAAGGUAUUGAGCAGCGGUGUAGUAUCAGAUCCCAAGGAGAGUAAGUCCUUUUUUCUUAUCGAAGAAAGUCUUUUUCAAAGAUUCUAUAUGAAUUUCUAGACGAAACCGAGAUAGUUAACUUUCAGAAAACUCUAAUGAUAGAGGGAGAUAUCUAUGCUUCAUUCUUCUGAGAGUGGGAGAAGAGAUAAAACUGAUUAUUGAUCCAAAUCGGAGUUUGAAACUCAUGUAAUUAACUUAACCUCUUCAGGUUAUUUGAUUUGGCUAAUCCAAGAAGGGAUAGAUCUCCGAUAAAUCUCAUUCAGCUAGAUACGGUAGAUUAAGAAAGAUGUAACGCCAAAAAAGAGUUGACUGCUGAGCCGUAUGAGGCAGGAAACUCUCAAGUACGGUUCUAAGGGAAGGAAUUGACCUACCUAUUCCGACCGGGGAGAAGAGGCCAUUCGACAGGGAGAUUCAGAAAUUGCGGAGGCUUGGUUCGAUCAAGCUGCUGAGUAUUGGAAACAAGCCAUAGCGCUUACUCCAGGUAAUUAUAUUGAAGCACAGAAUUGGUUGAAGAUCACAGGGCGGUUCGAAUAAGAACACUUUCUUUUUGAAUUGAAUUCACUUAAAUUGUUUGUUGGAUCCAUCAAAUAGAUUGUUGCCCCGGGGGAAUCGAUAGAGGAAUUUCAUUAUAUCCCUUCUAAGAUCGUUCUUUUUAUUUCAUUUGGUACCUUAUAGGGGUAGACGAUAUAUGCAUAUGGCACAGAAUCUCUUCCUUUCUCUUAGCGAUUGCUAACUAAUCAAAAAGACGUCUAAAAUCGAUAUCGGGAUAUUUCUUAUCUUAGUCAUUAGUAAUGACUAAUGAGAGAUCUUGUGAUUUGUAAUGGCGUAAUACGUUGCAUGUAACGUAGUAUACAAGUAGACCCAUCUAGGCACUCAUACAUCGAAAUAUGAGUAGACUAGGUUGGGCCAAAAAGUUGUUUUUGGCUCGCGUCGGGAAGGGAUUUACAAAAAAACGGUCCGUUGAGCACCUCAUAGAUAUGUCAUAAUAGAUCCGAACACUUGCCCCGGAUAGACUUCCAUAUCAUAAUUGCUCAUAAUUGCUCUAGUGAAUAACUAAGGAAAAUUGUGGGGGAUAGAAAGGAACUAAUCAGAAAUAUAUAUUUCUCAGAGGUUCACUAAUUACUUUACUUUUUGUUGGCGGGUCUCUUCGUAUGUGUUGUCCGGAAAGAGGAGGACUCAAUGAUUAUUCGUUCGCCGGAACCAGAAGUGAAGAUUUUGGUGGAUAGGGAUCCCAUAAAAACUUCAUUCGAGGAAUGGGCCAGACCCGGCCAUUUCUCAAGGACAAUAGCUAAGGGCCCUGAUACUACCACUUGGAUCUGGAACCUACAUGCUGAUGCUCACGAUUUCGAUAGCCAUACCAAUGAUUUGGAGGAGAUCUCCCGAAAAGUAUUUAGUGCUCAUUUCGGUCAACUAUCCAUCAUCUUUCUUUGGUUGAGUGGCAUGUAUUUCCAUGGAGCCCGUUUUUCCAAUUAUGAAGCGUGGCUGAGCGACCCUACUCACAUCGGACCCAGUGCCCAGGUGGUUUGGCCGAUAGUGGGUCAAGAAAUAUUGAAUGGCGAUGUAGGCGGAGGUUUCCGAGGAAUACAAAUAACCUCUGGAUUUUUUCAGAUUUGGCGAGCGUCGGGAAUAACUAGUGAAUUACAACUUUAUUGUACUGCAAUUGGAGCAUUGAUCUUUGCAGCGUUAAUGCUUUUUGCCGGUUGGUUCCAUUAUCACAAAGCUGCUCCAAAAUUGGCUUGGUUCCAAGAUGUAGAAUCCAUGUUGAACCACCACUUAGCAGGGUUACUAGGACUUGGGUCUCUUUCUUGGGCAGGGCAUCAAGUACAUGUAUCUUUACCUAUUAACCAAUUUCUGAACGCUGGGGUGGAUCCUAAGGAAAUACCACUUCCUCAUGAAUUUAUCUUGAAUCGGGAUCUUUUGGCUCAACUUUAUCCCAGUUUUGCAGAGGGAGCAACCCCGUUUUUCACCCUGAAUUGGUCAAAAUACGCGGAAUUUCUUACUUUUCGUGGAGGGUUAGAUCCAGUAACAGGAGGUCUAUGGCUAACCGAUAUUGCACACCAUCAUUUGGCUAUUGCAAUUCUUUUCCUGAUAGCUGGUCACAUGUAUAAGACCAACUGGGGCAUUGGUCAUGACCUGAAAGAUAUUUUAGAGGCUCAUAAGGGUCCGUUUACAGGUGAGGGUCAUAAGGGCCUCUAUGAGAUCCUAACAACGUCAUGGCAUGCUCAAUUAGCUCUGAAUUUAGCUAUGUUAGGUUCUUUAACCAUUGUAGUAGCCCACCAUAUGUACUCUAUGCCCCCUUAUCCAUACCUAGCUACUGAUUAUGGUACACAACUUUCGUUGUUCACGCAUCACAUGUGGAUCGGUGGAUUUCUCAUAGUUGGUGCUGCUGCACAUGCAGCAAUUUUUAUGGUAAGAGACUAUGAUCCAACUACUCGAUACAACGAUCUAUUAGAUCGUGUCCUUAGGCACCGAGAUGCAAUCAUAUCACAUCUUAACUGGGUGUGUAUAUUUCUAGGCUUUCACAGUUUUGGCUUGUAUAUUCAUAAUGAUACUAUGAGCGCUUUGGGGCGUCCCCAAGAUAUGUUUUCAGAUACCGCUAUACAAUUACAACCUAUCUUUGCUCAAUGGAUACAAAACACUCAUGCUUUAGCACCUAGCGCAACAGCUCCUGGUGCAACAGCGGGCACCAGCUUGACUUGGGGGGGUGGUGAUUUAGUAGCAGUAGGCGGCAAAGUAGCUUUGUUACCUAUUCCACUGGGAACCGCAGAUUUUUUGGUACAUCACAUUCAUGCAUUUACGAUCCAUGUAACUGUAUUGAUACUACUGAAAGGUGUUCUAUUUGCCCGCAGUUCUCGUUUGAUACCUGAUAAAGCAAAUCUUGGUUUUCGUUUCCCUUGUGACGGACCCGGAAGAGGGGGAACAUGCCAAGUCUCCGCCUGGGAUCAUGUCUUCCUAGGUCUAUUCUGGAUGUACAAUGCGAUUUCGGUAGUAAUUUUCCAUUUCAGCUGGAAGAUGCAGUCAGAUGUUUGGGGUAGUAUAAGUGAUCAAGGGGUGGUAACUCAUAUCACGGGGGGAAACUUUGCACAGAGUUCCAUUACAAUUAAUGGGUGGCUAAGAGAUUUUUUAUGGGCACAGUCCUCCCAAGUAAUCCAGUCUUAUGGCUCUUCAUUAUCCGCCUAUGGUCUUUUCUUCUUAGGUGCUCAUUUUGUCUGGGCCUUCAGUUUAAUGUUUCUAUUUAGCGGUCGUGGUUAUUGGCAAGAACUCAUUGAAUCCAUCGUCUGGGCUCAUAACAAAUUAAAAGUUGCUCCUGCUACUCAGCCUAGAGCCUUGAGCAUUAUACAAGGACGCGCUGUAGGAGUAACCCAUUACCUUCUGGGUGGAAUUGCCACAACAUGGGCAUUCUUCUUAGCAAGAAUUAUUUCAGUAGGAUAA